AAACACACAUUUGUGAGUUUGGUUGGGUUUUGGGCUUUUGGCCCUUACGCACACUGCACAUUCUCUUGAGCAGCCACCACCAACAUUGGCAACCUGAUUCCAUGAUGCUGAGUUUCCGAUUGAGGAACUUGUUAUCCCAUGUCAAAACAAGAAGAACAAAGAAAACCAACCGAAAAAACCGAAACAAAAACCCUCACAAACCCAGAAACCAAACCUGCAUUUCUUCCAUUACCAAUAAUUCCCCAUCUCUCAUAGAAGAAGAAGAAGAAGACGCAGAAGAAGGUUUCAGCAUCAAAAGCUCUGCCCCAUCACACACCCACGGCGUUCAGCCCUUAGGCAAUCUCUAUUUCAAUCCCGGUUCCAUCAACUCCAGAGACACUGGCUUAGGUAAUCUUCAUACCCUCACUGAUGAACUUGUUCUUGACAUUCUAGCGUUUUUGGAUGGUACCAGCUUAGGUGUUUUGGCUUCUGUUAGCAAAUCGUUUUAUGUUUUCUCUAAUCAUGAACCCCUUUGGAGGAAUCUUGUUUUGGAGAAUUUUACGGAUGGGUUUCAGUAUAAUGGGUCAUGGAAAGCUACUUUUGUUUCUUCUUGUUACCCUUUGUUUGAUGUUUCAUGUAGUAGUGAUCUUAGGAGUUUCAAAGUUAGAGACUUUUAUUCUGAUUAUCUUUUCCAGAGUUGGUUGUGUGCUAAUCUUGAAAUGAAACCGGAAUGGUUGGAGAGGGAUAAUAUUGUGAGAAAAAAGGGUAUUUCGGUUGAGGAAUUUGUGAUGAGUUUCGAGGAGGUUAAUAAGCCGGUGUUGUUGGAAGGGUGUAUUGAUAAUUGGGACGCGUUGAGGAAAUGGGAUAGAGAUUAUUUGGUUAAGUUAUGCGGUGAUGAUGUUAAGUUUGCGGUUGGGCCGGUGGAGAUGAAACUCGGAGAGUAUUUUGGAUAUUCGGAUCAAGUUAGAGAAGAACGGCCGCUGUAUCUGUUUGAUCCAAAAUUUGCUGAAAAAGUUCCGACGUUGGGUUCUGAAUAUGAAGUUCCGAUUUAUUUUCGGGAGGAUUUGUUUGGUGUUUUGGGCAAUGAGAGGCCUGACUACAGGUGGAUUAUUAUUGGACCGGCUGGGUCUGGAUCGUCUUUUCAUGUUGAUCCAAAUUCAACCUCAGCUUGGAAUGCAGUGAUCAAGGGGUCGAAGAAAUGGAUACUGUUUCCUCCUGAUGUAAUUCCGCCUGGUGUUCAUCCUAGUCCUGAUGGUGCGGAGGUGGCGUCUCCUGUUUCAAUAAUGGAAUGGUUCAUGAACUUUUACGGCGCAACAAAGAAUUGGAAAAAGAGACCGAUUGAGUGCAUAUGUAAAGCCGGGGAAGUCAUCUUUGUGCCUAAUGGAUGGUGGCAUUUGGUGAUCAAUCUGGAGGAAUCAAUUGCCAUAACACAAAACUAUGUUAGCAGGAGAAAUUUGUUAAAUGUGUUGGAUUUUCUUAAAAGGCCGAAUGCGAGCAUACUGGUGUCUGGAACAAUGGAUAGAGUGAAUCUGCAUGAUAAGUUUAAGAGUGCUAUUGAGGCUUCUUUUCCGGGAGAAAUUGAUGAACUGACCCGAAAAGAAGAAGAGAAAAAGAUCCAGCAAAGGAAACUUUCCAUCUGGGAUUCUAUUGCAGACUCCAGCGUGGGAGCUUUCAAGUUCUCUUUCUAGAGAAAAUCAGUCGUAGCAGUGAUAGCGCUGACACUGCUGAUCCAUAUUUCCUACAGAUUUUAAAAAUCAAUUUUGACUAGUUUUUUUAUCGGUUGUAUUCAAUUUUGACUAAUUUUUAAUUUAUUGUACUCUAGUUUUAAUGUACUAUUACAAAAAUUACAGAAAUCGAAUAGCAGAUCUGAACUGUACUAAAAUCCAGUGUUGUAUUGUUUGCUUCAACGUUUUUACUAGCUUGUGUUCUUUGAGCAUGUUGACAAUGAGCACAUAAAAUUAUGAAAAGUUAUCAUUUGUCGAGCA